AUGGCGAGUGAAACAUGGCACACCUCGAGACUUGUAUGCGUGUUUCUUCACAUUCUCACUAGCAUUGCAACCCAGCCCCUGAAAUCACCAAGUCUAAUAUGGACAGAGUACUAUGACGAUGAACAGAGCUCAUCUAUUCGAUUUGUGGAAGGUGGACCGCAAAGUAUUCACCCUACUUCUUUACUUGCCAAUGAUACUACGAUACUGUUCAGCGAGGAACGCUCUCAAAAAGUUGGGCUGAACUUUGACGUUGAGCUAUCACUGAUAUUUUGGGUGGAUGCUCUGCGCGGUGAAGUUUCGAAGAUGAAUAUCAGCAUAGAGGGCGCGGUAACUGAAACAAUAUACAAAGAUACUUCGAGUAUUCUCAAAGACGUAUCCGUAGAUUGGGCGUCUAGAAACAUAUACUGGACAGAUAGUGGUAAUCGCUGGAUCGCCAUCAGUGAUUAUAAUGGGAAUUACUAUAAUCCAAUUAUAACCGAUAUUAGAAACCCUAAUUGCAUUGUGGUAAAUCCUGUAGCGAGGUACAUUUACUGGAGUAACAUUGGUGACAUGCCCAUAAUAGAACGAGCAAAACUUAACGGAAAAGACAGAGAAACGAUAGUAGACGGCGAAAAGAAACACAUAAAGGAGAUACGUGGUCUAACAAUAGACUACAAUAACAACAAAUUAUACUGGGUUGAUAGCUCCUCGCAAAUUCUAUGGUCGUCCCAGUUAGAUGGACGUUCCGUUCUUGCACUACAUAUUAGUGAUAACUAUGUAUCGACAGUGGACUUAGAUAUCGACCAGGAGUUUUUCAUGUUAUGCAAUUACGAUCCAGGAAGGAUCACAUUGGUGAAACGUUCCACACCCGGUGAGCACUCCGACAUAUACACAGCCGAUACGUAUCUCACUUCCAUGGUUUAUUUAGAUCAAUCAAGGCAGAAGAAGCUAUCAAGUUCAUGUCAACAGAAUAAUGGAGGAUGCGACCACCUGUGUUUGAACGAGGCUGGCGAUAGUACGUGCAUAUGUGGAAUCGGCUUUACAGUUAGUGCUGAUGGUUACACGUGUAAUGAAUGGAUUGAGCAAACGACAGUGGUGACUGAACCAAUAUCGAUGCUGUCGACACAUAUCGAAACUGUAGCAAAUACCACCGUUAUUCCAAUUAUAUACCCGAUACAUAUGAUAGCUAUAAUAGUGACGAAAACUAAAUCUCGGAGACUGCCUCAGAAUAGACCACUGCCACCUUCACCUGUAGAAUUGAAAGAAGAUGACACUCAUAUUUAUGAAGAUCUAUAUGGAAAUGGGAUCAAUAUUCAUGACAUAAGGCCGCCACAGACAGAAGUUGUAGUCAACGUCUCUCCAAGUGAACCGCCACUUGUACACUAUCAGCCUCUCUCAGGUGUCAAUGUGCAAGGAUUAGGAUCUACGGGUGAUACUGAUGGGGAUGAAGAUAAUGAUGAAGGUGAAGACAACGAUGAAUAUGAACAUAUGGAUCCAAUUACGUUUGCAGAGGGUGACCAAGUGCCGGAGGACAUCAGCGAUCCAGUUAAACAAGCAGAACUAGACCAUGAAGGAUACCUUACUCCAGUGAAUCCAGAUGACAGUCAGAACAACGACCCAAAUGCAGUAGAUGAGCCUGCACAAUAUGACCAUUCAUCAGAAGAUGAUAACACGAAUAUUCCUGAUGACAUGUCGAAUAUAAGUUACGAGUAUAUGAGAGGCAUAUCAGGCGAGCAAGCUGAUGCAGAGGUUCCGUUACUGUGCGAUUCCGAUGACGAGAAUAAGGAAGAUGAUGGUGAUAUUAAAGACAGGUAUAUAGUGCUAGAUGAUGAUGAAGACAAUUCAGCUGACGAAUCAGAUACUUAUCAGCCAGGUGAAAAUGCUUAUACGAUCAACCAAGACAAUUGUGAUGCAGAAGUUUUUUAUUUUUUGGAAUGA